AUGAAGAUCUCCGUCUUGCUUGCCAGCGCUCUUGCUCUUGGUGGAGUCGAAGCCGCCGCAAAGCGACGCUCGCCUCCUAAACAGUUCCAAGAGAAACACCUUCCCAGCAAGCGGACGUCGAAGCAUUUGAGGCCCUAUGCAGACAUUGCUGGCAUCACCAAGCGCCAGACCGAUUGGCAGUACCAGCCCGAUGGAGAGGCGUUGGGAGCUCCCGAUACAAAGCAAGCAGGUUAUGCAGAAGGUGCUUUCGCAGAGGGACAACCAGAAAGCUCAAAUGGACGAGGAGCUCCCUUCUCUGGUGCGGCACACGCUGUUCAAGGAUUGGCAGAUGAGAACGAGUUCCUGCUUGUCUUUGAUGAGGCCAAUUACGAUGCGCCUGGUACGACAUUCAACGUGGACGACUGGAUCGCGCACACUCCGAAGAAUAUCUUGGCCAAGAACUUCGGCGUUAACGAAUCGCUCUUUGAUACUAUCCCAGCAACGAGUCCCUACAUCGUGGCUGGUAACGCCAAUGGCACAGUCAGCGGGGAGGGCAUCGACUCUCCUUUCGGCAAGCUGGAAGGUAACAGCUCGUAUGUGAUUCAUCAUGGAGAUGUGGAGCCUAUUACUGCACCUGGCGGAGGUGGUACAAUCCAGAUCUUCGACUCCAGGACCUUUCCGAUCUCCACCACCAUUGCCGCGUCUGUGGUUACAAUCAAGCCUGGUGGUCUUCGUGAGCUCCACUGGCACCCAACAGCCGAGGAGUGGGUGUACUUCGUUCAAGGUCAAGCUCGUGCUUCGGUGUUCACUGGCAACGCUGCUGCGCGUACUUUUGACUUCAGCGCCCGUGACACUGCCGUCUUCCCUGACAACAGCGGACACUAUGUCAUCAACACUUCGAACAAUACAGAUCUAGUGUGGAUCGAAAUCUUCAAGGCUGACCGCGUGGCGGACAUCUCGCUGACCCAGUGGCUCGCCUUGACCCCGGCUCCAGCUGUCUCGCAGGUGCUGAACAUCAGUGUAGACGCUGUAAGGCUGCUGAAGAAAGAGAAGCAGCUGAUCAUCGCUUGA